CUGCGAAUGGGUGAAAUAAAUUCUUGCUCAAAUUUUAAAAAAUUUCCAAACAUGGAGAAUUAUUGAUUCAUGCCCAAAAACUUUACGGUUUUUUUCCAUUUAAAGCAUGAAUUUGACGCUUGUAAUUUUGGUGUUUUGCACAGGUAUUCUUAAGCAUAAUUUUCUCUUGCUUUGCAGUAUUUAUACGUAAAAUAUUGAAGUAAAAAUUGAGUUUCAAAAUGUUCAAAUAUGUCUUUGUAUGUUGUUUUAAUAGUUUGUGUUCUCGCUGGGAGGAAAUCUGUCAAAAUAGUUCAAGAACCUGCAAAUUACGGUGGCUUGUAAGUAUACUGAAGCAGUAAGUCGCAUUGUGCCCUACUCCACCCUACUUUAAUAUUAUUUUACUCUGUCUAACGCCAGACAAUUUUACUUGUCAAGGUAAGAGGACAGGGCUUUCAAAACAAUUAAGCCGGUUUCUAAUGCAUCCAUCUCACUUUUUCGCAGUUUGUAGCUAUAAAGUACACCUGUUUUCGGCAUAGUACCUUAUAGGCAUGGUUUGUGACUAUAUUCGGAUAAUUUAAUGACGACUACACAAUCUUCAUCUCAAGAUGCAAAUUAUACAGCAUGUUUAUUUUCCAUUCAUUUAGGCAAUUACCACAGCCAAACAACCAAAAUUUACCAAGAGAAAAUGUAUGUUAAUCAUUUUAAUAAAAUCAUGGUUAAAUGCAGUAUUCAAAUUGAAUUCUAGAUUUUUCCAUUAUCUGGCCUGCUAAUUGUCAUUUUUAAAUCUUCAAAUUAUAGUCUAUGCUCAGACCCUUUAGAAAACCUCAGAAUUUUUCAGGUGAGAUAAAUCAUUAUUUGCAUGACCAGUGCUAAUAAAGCAUAUAACUACACAUGUAAAGAUCUCACAAAUUAUCAACAAGAUGUGUUCGCAACAGGCUUGUGACAAGCUUGUCAAUUAAGUUGUAACAAUUAAAUGCUAUUAUUUUAUCAAGUUGCUACAAGGUUGUCACUCACAACUUGUUGACAAAUUGUUGAAUUGCAGGACGAUAACAAGUUGUUGGAACAACUUGUAACAACUCUGUUGAGCUCAACAACCUUGUAGCAACUUGGUAAGUGGGACAUAUUACAAAAGUCACCGAACUAGUGGAAUCAGAAAAAAAUUUGUAUCACCGCCACUCCCACAAACGUCUACAACCACACCUCCAUGUUUUUACAUGUUUACAGUUCUAAUUUUAAACAGCCAAUCAAUGUUUAAUUGUAAUUGUAAUCCAAGAACCGGAUUGGCUGUUCAAAAUUAAAAUUGUAAACAUGCAAAAAUAUGCUUGUGUGAUGUUACUCUGAAUGUAUAUCCACACCGGGCAGGCUUGAAAAAUAUGCCUGGCCAUGGUGGGAUUCGAACCUAUGGCCUUUGGAAUACUAGCCCAACGCUCUGCCAACUGAGCUACGCAGUCAGGUUGGUUCGAGUAUGUGAUAUUUCGGAACUGAGUCUAGUUCCUUCGAUAGAUGUAAAAAUAUGUAGGUGCAGUCAUAGAUGUUUGUGGGAGUGGUGGCAAUAUGAAUUUUUGAUGCAAUUCCACAGUUCGAUGACUUUCAUAAUAUUGGCAAAUUACAGUUGGUACAUAGCAGCUAUAAGUGGUAUUGUAAUUUUCUUUUUAUUGACAAAAUAGGACCAAGGCAUUUACAGAAGCUAUAUGGAAAAUGUUUUUCACUUACAGACAACUCGUAAGAACAUUUAAUUUUAAAAUUAAUUAUUGCAACUUGUAUUUGAUAUCCUUUUUCUCAGUGAAAUGAUUUAGAUUAAUUAAACAUCUUUAUAUAUACUUUACAUUCAACAUAGAUAUAUGUAUCAAUUGUGUCCAUUUUUCAACAUCACUCAACACGAACAAACAUGGAGAUGGAAUGCCUUCCAAGGAAUUCUUGGGUAAGAGUGUAAGACAUUUAGAAUGCCCUGGGAUCAAUUGUGCAGAUUAACACUGCAACCCUCGGUUAAAAUUUAACCUGCUGUUUUAGUUUAUGUUUUAUAUUUCUGCAUGUUUGUUUUGUUCAUUCCAGCCCCUGGAAUGAAGUUGAUGAAAUCUGGACAGAAUUAAGUAAUUUCUAAUAUUUUUGUGAAAUACCGGUAGAAUUUGGAAAGAGUGGUCUAUUGUGAACAACACGCUUGAAGCGAUGGUGAUGACUGAAGGCGACCCUUGUCCUGGUAAUGUUCGACGACAAUCUAAAGUAAGUCUUAUACACACAGUACUAAACUUACCUAAAAACUAAAUUUGGUACAUUAUACUGGAUAGUUCUAAACUGUUUUCCCUAGAGGUCCAAUAAGGGUCAUCACUUGUUCAUUAAGUGUUACUACAGCACUACAGGAAGAUACCUAAACUAAAUUAACUUUAUUUAUAUACUGUAAUUAGCUUUAUAUAUUAUAUGUUCUAAAACAAUGCAUUUUACACAUUCUUGCAGAUAUUUUUAAAAUGUGCAAACAAACACAAGUUAGUGAGUGUAAAAGAACCAAGUACAUGUCAUUAUGAAGUUGAAUUUCAAACACCACUUGCUUGUCCCAUGGAUGCUUUCUUAGGUAAAUAUUUUAAUCAAAACCUGAACAAUUGAAAACUUUCAGUCAUUCAGAUUGAAAAUCAGUCUGAAAAUAAAGAUUCAGUGUAUCGUAAUUGGUUAGAGCGCUGCACCGGAAUCAAUUCCUGCCAGAGGGUUUAUAUAUAGCCACUCUUCUUGGUCAGGUCUAAUAAAUUUUAUGUGUAAAGUUCACACUCAAUUUUCAUUGACAAAACCUUUCUACUGUUACUUGUUCAUUUUAGUGUAUCCAUUAUUAUCUCAGGAACAGCGAAUUGAAUGGGAGGAAAUCGAGCAAAGUUUUUAUCAUCAAGAACUGACAAAGCAGGGUUAUGAAAAACUACGUCAUAAAGUGUUUACUCGUGCUGGUUUGUUGAAUCAUGUUGGUUUGUUGAAUCGUGUUGAACAGAAUAAAGAGAGGAAUGAGAAAGAAUCUUCACAAGAUCAAAGGUCUACUGUGUCUACUGCUCGCUCUGAAUUCAAAAGCAAGGAUGAAUGUUCAAAGGUGAAGUUGUAGAUGUUUUGGUUUUUAUAACUGGGUUUUGUAUCUCUGGACAUUGAUCUUUUCAUUGAUUCUAGUAUUUUCAUUCUCAUUCAUCCAUAUUCCUUCCUUUCUUCCUCCCUCCCUUCCACCCUCCUUGUUUUCUCCUCCUAUCUUUCACCCUCGCUUGCCCCUAUCUUCCACCCUCCUUUCCCCUUCCACCCUUCUUGCUUCCCCCUCUCUCUUCCACCCUCCUUGCUUCCCCCCUCCCCCUUCCACCCUUUUUGCUUCCCCCUCUCCCUUUCACCCUCUUUGUUCUCCCCCACAUCUUCCACCCUCUUCUCUUCCCCUUGCAUCCCACUUUUCUCUUUUUUCACCCUUCCUUUUCGUUUCCUUUCUUCCUUCCUUCUUCCAACUCACAUUCCAUUCUUUCUUUCUCUUCAAUCUACUCGCAUCUAAAAACAUUUUGCCAAAUCAAGUAUUUAUCAGCCCACAAUCUCUAGUUCUACAGGGCUUGAACUAAAGAUUCCAAAAGUUCUGGAUUGUUGUAAUCGGCAGUCAUGACUUUCUUUUUCAGGUUGGAAACCCUGCUUUUCCGCUGAUCAUAAACAAUUUCUUGACAAUCAUUGAUCAGUGAUCGACUGUUAUUCCUAGCCCUGCUUCUAUCCUUCCAUCCACUCUUCCUUACUUCAUCCAUUCUCUUUUCCUCCGCUCUUUCAUUCCAUUAUCUUUCCUGUCAUCUUUCCUCAUUUCUCGUCAUUUUACUCCUAGGCUUAUUCUGACUUGUUGCGCAAAUAUGAACAACUCGUUCACCUGCACAAGAAACGGAACUCGACGUCUGACGAUACAUCCAACAACUUUCAGAUAAGUACCACACCCCCAUAUGAUUUAACUAGAGUUAGGGGAGAUCAUGGCACUAUUUCAUAGCCUGGCGGCGUUGCUGAAAAUGACACAAAAUCCGCAAUGGGGCAAUAAUACUAUAGUUCUAUGAUUCCAAUAAUAUUAUGGCAAUAAUACUAUAGUUCUAUGACUAUGAUUCCUUCAUCUCGAUUCGUAAAUUUGUGAAAAAGUGAUUUCUAGACGAACAAAUUUUUAAAUUAUUUAUUCUAAUGUAAAUAAGACAGAUUUUCAAUUUUAUGGCGGGGGACACGUCAGCCGAAAGUAAUGUAACUAAUAGUAGGAAAUAUAUUAAAGAGUGAGAUUCAUAUUAUUUAAUUUAUUCUGCGCAUUCUGUCAUUUUAUCAACAAGAUCCAGUAAGUGGCUUCCUUUGUUGAUCCAGUGAUGCUAAUGGAACACCAAACUAAGCAGACUUUAAUUAUACUGGAUUGAUCUAAACUGUUCUUUCCAGAGGUCUAGUAAUAGCUAUCCUACAUUGGUCUUGUAUUACUGUACCUCUGGAGGAAACUAAAUUAACUAACUUUAUUUAUAUACUGGGUAGCUCUAUCAGUUCUAAACUGUUCUCCCUAGAGGUCCAGUAAGGAUCAUCUCUUAUUGAUCCAGUGUUACUACAGGAGGAAACCUAAACUAAAUUAACUUUAUUUAUACUGGAUAGCUCUAUCGAUUCUAAACUGUUCUCCCUAGAAGUUCAGUAAGAAUUAUCCUAUAAUGGUCCAAUGUUACCCCAUGAGGAAACUAAACUAAACCGCUAACUUUAUUGAUACUGGACAGCUCUAUCAGUUCUAAAUUGCUCUACCAAGACGUCCAAUAAAGUCAUCUCGUUUUCAUGCAGUUGAAUACAAUCAAAUCGGAGAUAUUCAUUCCACAUGCG